AUGGUUUAAUAAAUGUAAAUUUUAUAGAUACUCAUUCAUUUUUAUUAAUAUAAUCAUUAAAACUUAAAUAAAAUAGUUGUGGUAAAUCAAGUUGUGUUAAUGUAAUUAAAUUGUCUACCUUAUAACGUUUGCUUUAUAAUUUAGUUUCAUAAGUAAAUGAAAAAUAAUUUGAUCUUAAAAUAAAUGAUUAUUUAUGUAAAUACAAUUAAGCAUAUGAAGGUACUUGCUUGUAGAUUAAAAAUAUUAAGACUUUAAUUUAACAAUCUAUAUUUGAACAUAAUUAUGCAAAUGCUUCUGGAGGAUCAAUUAAAGUUAUUGGUAAUGAAAUAUUUUAUCUUGUUCAAAGUCUCAUUUAUAACAAUACUGCAAAAUAUGGAGGAGGAUUAGAAAUAGAAGAUUAAAUGAGUUAAAAUAUGACUAGAUUUGGAUCUAUUGUUGCAAAUAAUAAAGCUGAAUUAUUUGGUAAUGAUUCUUCUUAAGUUCCAUCUUAAUUAUCAAUUACUAUUAAUUUAAUAGAUAUUCUACCUAGAUUUACAGUAUUAGAAUAAGAAAAUCUAUUAAUUUAAUAGAUUUUAAUAAAACCAUAUUAAGUAUUUACAAAUGAAUAUUCAGAUGCAUUUUAUGUACCUAAUGGAUAACAAAUAUCUUAAUAUUAAUACUUUGAUUGGAAUAAAGGUGAAUAUGUGCCUUAUAAUUUACAUUUUAGAAUAGUUGCAUUAGAUAAAUUGAAUUCAAUUUAAUAAGAUUUAGAGAGUACUUACUGUGAUAUUAGUGGAAGAUUACUUAUGGAAAGUGGUGAGAAUGAAUUCACUUAGAAUUUUACUAAUAUAAAAAGAAUAGAAUUCAAUAAAAGCGAUUAUAAUUUAGAUAAUUUAAUUAUCUAUUUAGAUGAUCAACUUAAUAAAACUUUAUAAUUGUAAUUUUAAUGUAAUUCUAUUUAUAUACCAAUUUAUGAUCAGAAUAAAGAAAUUGUUAGUUAUCACAAUAAUUAUUAUUUAAGAAUCAAUCUUAAAACAUUACCUUGUUAAAUGGGAGAAAUCAAAAGUUUAGUAGAUUCUACUUGUGUACCUUGCAAUGUUGAAUAAGGUUAAUAUUCUCUUGGUAUUAAUUCAAAUACAUGUCUAUACAAGGAUGAUGCUACUACAAGUGACAUUAAAUCAGCCUAAUUAAAAUUAAAAGCUGGAUAUUGGAGACCUUAUUUUUAUACUAAUGAAAUAAGUGAAUGUAUCAAUUUAAUUGAAAAUUGUCUUGGAGGAUGGAAAGAAGGAGAUACCUCAUGUUAUGAAGGUCAUAUUGGAGCAUUAUGUGAAGAAUGUGAUAUUUACAAUAUUCGAGGCUAAGGAAAUUUUUUUAAAAUUACUUAAGAUUCAACAUGUGCUGAGUGUUAAGAUAGUAAAUUAAAUAUCAUUAUAACAAUAAUCUUUGGUUCUUUAUGGUAUAUAUAUUUUAUUCGAUUUAGGUCAAUUUUUUAAAUUAUUAUGACAUUAAGAAGUAUUGAUUAAUCUAAUUAAUUAUUUUCUAAAUUAAAAUUGAGAUAUAGACUUAGUAAAAUCCUUUUUAAAUUAGAUUAAGGUAUUAUGAUUGUUUAAUUUAAUAGAUCAUCAAAGUAUUUUAAUAAAAAUGUUUAUCAAUUAUUUAUGGAUUUUUGCUCUUAUUUUUACAUUUAAUAUAUAGUUUCCCAUUUUUUUUGGUUUUGUAGAUAAAACUAGUAAUCCAUCAAUUUUUCUGGCUACUAGUGUUGAAUGUUAUACUGCUGAAAUACAAAAUAUCUAAAUAAUCUAUUCAAGAAUUGUUUUAUUAUUGAUAUUACAAUUAAAACUAUUCCUUAUAAUAUAUGGAGGAUAUAAGAUUAGCUCUUUAACAAAUAAUAAAAUAUUCAACAAUAGCAUUUUAUCUAAUACAGCAAUCUACCUUUAUAUCUCAAAUUAUGCUGAAUUUGCUAAACAGUAUAAAUGUAUUAAUUUAUUAGAUUUACAUCCUUAUUAUCCAAAAGAAAAAUUUCGAACAUUGAUUUUGUUUAAGGUGAUGUAUCAUUAGAGUAUGAAACUUAUACCCAUUAAUAAUGGAUUAUGUCAUUUGUUAUUCCAGGAUACAUCAUUAUUUGUUUUUUAGUACCUUUUCUAUUUUUCAUAUUUUUAUUUAUACUGAAAAAUAAGUUAGAUGAAAUCAAAUUAAGAAAACACAUAUGCUAUGUUUUUAAUGAAUACAAAUAAGAGAAUUAUUAUUGGGAAUUUAUAAAAAUUAUGUAAAAAAUUAUUAUGAUUUUUAUCAUAAUAUACUUCGAAACGAAUAUCUAUUUAAAAGGAUCUUUAUUAGGUUUAUGUCUUUUACUUUAUCAGGCAUUCGCUUUGAAAUUUAAGCCAUACAUAAUUCUAAAGUUCAAUAAUCUAGAUUUAUAAACUUCUUAGAUUUGUUCAAUAUCAAUUUUUAUAGCAAUAGGAAAAUAUGCGAGCUAAUAACAAAAUAACUUUAAUUGGUCAGUAAUGCUUUAAUUCUUCAUUAUUCUUCUUUGGAUGAAGUUAUGCUAUCCCUUUAUAAAGAAUAUCUUAUUAGCGUAUUUUAAAAUUUAUAAAAUAAAUUUAUUAACUUCUAUUCAUCAUAUUAUUAAGCAUUGCCUUCCAAAUAAUUAUUUGACUAAAUUUUGUAAAAGAAAACUGAUCUAUUAUGAGAAAAAGUAAUUACAAAUCAAUUAGAAUUUUUAGAAGUUGAAAUAAUAUUUAUUUUCUCAAACAUCUGUAAAGAGAAAGAAACUUCUUAAGAAUAUAUUAUUAUUUAGAGGAUCUCACAAUAAAUAAGUCCUAGAGCUUUAGAGACUGAAACUUUGA